AAAAAAUAUUUCUUACAAUCUUUGCCUUUGUCGCUUCUAACUUCUUCCUUCUUCUUCAUAUACUCUCACUAUACUUUUGUUCUUUAAUACUAUUUUUUGUAUUCUAGGAAAGUUUUGUUCUUCUUUUUUUCGUGUGUGUGUGUGUCAGCUCACUCUGUAAGAUUGAGGCUUUGUGGAGUUAUUGCCUAUUGGUUAUUAAAAUUAACAUUUUUCACUUAUUGGACUGUUUAUAAGCAAACCCUUCUGUUAAAGAUUCAAUCUUUUUAUUCUUGAGGGUGGUUUUUUUUUUCUAUUGAUGAGAUUAUUUUCUUCUGAAUUUAUUGCAAUAUUUAUCAGAUUUUUAUGGUUAUUGGGUUUUUCUCUGUGUGUGAUGCUUUUUUUGGUGAGAAGGGUAAGUGGUUUUGAUGUUUAAUGGGGAAAUUUAAUGUCUGGUAUUGGUGACUGUGCUGUGUGUGAACAGAGUUAAGAGGUGGUCUUAUUUAGUGUAUUGGGAAUUUGGAUCCUAAAGUUUCUGGGAAUUCCUUGGAUUUUGGAGUAUAGAUUGGUUGACUGGGAAUUAGAGAGAGUGACAGUUGGUAUUUUUGGGAUCUGAAACUGAAGAGAUUUGAUUGGCUGAACAGUGGAUUUUAAUCUAUUUUGGGAAAAUAAGUGUGAGGAAAGAUUUUGGUGAUUUUGGUUCUAGAGGAAUUUUAGCUGUUUGAGAAAUUUUUCUUUGGUGGUAUCUGCAGAAAUGACUGAUCAGGAUCAAAGUGGAGAAAGUGGGGUGGACUCAAUCCAUUCCAGCAGGAAUCAAAUUUCGUCAGAUGUGGGAGCAUCAUCAACAAGGAGCAUCAAGCUGAAAGAGCAAGUUGCUUCUGCAGAUGAAUAUGCUCCCAAGGUCAGGAAGCCAUACAUCAUUACAAAGCAAAGGGAGCGCUGGACAGAAGAAGAGCAUAAAAAGUUCCUUGAGGCUUUGAAACUGUACGGUAGGGCAUGGAGGCGUAUAGAAGAGCAUGUGAGUACAAAGACUGCUGUGCAGAUAAGGAGCCAUGCUCAGAAGUUUUUCUCAAAGGUUGUUCGUGAAUCGAAUAAUGGUGAUGCAAAUUCGGUGAAACCGAUUGAGAUUCCUCCUCCUCGGCCUAAAAGAAAACCAAUGCACCCUUAUCCGCGUAAAUUGGCUACUCCAGUUAUAAUUGGAACCCCAGUCCCUGAGAAAUCAACAAGGUCUCUCACACCGAAUGUGUCUAUGUCUGAACAAGAGAACCAGUCCCCUACUUCUGUGUUGUCUGUACAUGGUUCAGAUGCCCUUGGCACGGUGGAUUCAAGUAAGCGCCUUGGUAGCGCGUCACCUAUAUCAUCAGCUGGUGAUGGAAAUGGAAAUUCUGGUGAUUUUGUACUUUCUGAACCACCCAAUUCCAUCCUAGAAGAUAGCUCUUCCCCUGUUCAAGCAAAUGCUAAAACAAAUCCAGAAAACCAGACUUUCGUGAAACUAGAGCUGUUUCCCCAAGAUGAUGAUUUUGUUCAGGAAGGCUCAGCUGAGACGUCUUCUACUCAGUGUCUUAAGCUAUUUGGUAAAACUGUGCUAUUCACUGAAUCUCAAAAACCGUCUUGUCCAACUCCUGGCCCAUGCAAAAUAGAAACGGGCUUGAAUGAUGAAGCAUCAUUGCCAGCAGUUUUGUGGAACGUAAUGCCAAUGAAAUUUACUGCUGCUGAUUCAGAAUGUGCUUCACGUACCUUAACUCUUGGAACCCCCUCACCAUUUUAUAUCUUGCCAUCACAAAAUGAAAACAAAAGGCCUACCGGAUGCGCCUCUUCCACUCUUUUGCCAUGGGGAUCAUCAUGUGCAUCUGCUUCAUUUUCUUGCAUUCAAGUGCUUAACCCAAUUCCAGUAAAGGGGCGUCCAAUCUUCAAUGACAGAGAUCUGGAAGACAAACAAAAUCAGAAAGAAGGAUCUUCUACUGGCUCUAACACUGAACCAGUAAGUGCAGAAACAGGUGGGGAAAAGAACAUGGAUAUCGAAACUCAGAGUAGCCGACAUCCAUUGGAGAAGAUGGGGAAAGACCGAUCCUCCUUUAGACCUAGAGAAACCUUUAGCUUGGUGCAAAGAGCAAGUUCCACCAAGCGCAUUAAGGGUUUUAUUCCUUACAAGAGAUGCUUAACAGAAAGCGGUAUCAACUCCACAACACUAAGUGGUGAGGAAAGAGAAGAGCAGCGAACCCGUCUUUGCUUGUAGCUGGUUUCCUCCUGUUGUUUGCUUUAGCUCCGGUUACAUUUAACAGCGUAGAUUUUCCAGUAACAUGGUGAGCAUCUGAUUUAGGUUCUGUGUAACUCUAAAAUACGAAGUGCAGCAACGGAGUGACAUCAAAUGUUACUCUUCCUUGUAGCUUUUGCAGAAGCUGAGAAGAAUAUCUCAUCUCUCCUAAUUCUCCCCCUCCAUUUUUUUCAAAUGUUAAAUACUGUAACUACAUGUUCAUGAGCUUCUGCUCUGGUAGAACUACAAUUUUUAAAUAACCUUCAUCAUAAAGAGCUACUGUCUCGGUUGAAA